AUGGAAAGACCACGCAUUCCACCAUUCCUGCUCCCAAUGAGCAGCGUGAACACGAUCAGCGGCGACGAGAACAGCGACGUCACUAUACACAACGGCCUCGUGCUCAUUCUAGAGAGUGACGACGAGGAGGCGGCCGUGCGUCGCAAGCAGCCGUCGAGCGCUGCCCCUAGCUCUGAGCAGCACGCGGCAGCCAGCGACCCCAUGGAGCAAGCCCUUCCGGUAAGGGCGACAGCCACCUCCUUCGCGCCUCCUCCGAGCGAGGACUCGCCUGGCACCGCCCCCGAAGCGCCGUCUGCUCCCGAUGGCGGCGCGUCCCACGCAGCGUCGUCUGCCAGCAGUCCGGCUCCACACAAGAACGCUACCGACGCGAUGGAGCUGGCAGAGGAGACAACCACCGUUUUGUCGCCGCAGGGCCCCGUGCACCCCGCGGCGCGGUUCUUGAAGGACCCGCCACGCCAGACUGCUCUGUGGCUGAAGCGAAAAGGGAAGAAGAAGACGUAG